UUCUAAAUUUCUCAAACAAUGUUAAUUUUUCUUCAUUUCUAUUAUAUAAGAAACCCCGUCCUAAGAUACUAAGGCCCUUAAAAUCCUAAACAGUGAAAACCCAUAUCCGAUAUCCAAAAACCUAACAACCAUGGCAAUAAAAGUAAUGCCAUUGACAAUUUUUUUCUUCUUCUUCAUUUUAUCUUCAAUUUUCUCCAUUGCAGCUUCAAAAAGCUCUAAAUCCAAUCUAACCUGGUGGUGCAAUAAGACACCAUAUCCUGAACCAUGCAAUUACUUCAUGAACCGAAGGCAGCAUCGACACUCUGCGUUAAAGCACAGAUCAGAAUUCCGCAAAAUAAUGGUCGAAAUAGCCCUAGAAAGAUCUCUCACCGCGCAGAGAAAAGUCUUCAAGUUAAGACCAAAAUGCCAAAAUCAUCAACAGAGAGCCGUAUGGGCCGAUUGUUAUAAACUCCAUGCAGAUACUAUUCUUCAACUAAACCGAACUCUACAAGGGCUACAAUCCAAGAAGAAAAAAAGCUGUACAAAUUUCGAUGCACAAACUUGGCUAAGCACUGCUCUAACCAACAUUGGUACUUGUCGCACAGGAUCUUUAGACCUUAACGUUUCAGAUUUUAUUAUGCCAAUUAUGUCCCACAAUUUAUCUGAGCUCAUUAGCAAUAGUUUAGCUCUUACUGGAGUUUUGCUUGCUGUAGAAGAUAACAAUUAUACGCAAGGAUUUCCAAAAUGGAUUGCGAUGAAUGAAAGGAGACUAUUGCAAUCUUCAUCAGUAGCAGCGAAGGCUAAUCUGGUUGUAGCGCAAGAUGGGUCCGGUAAUUUUAGGAGUAUUCAGGCAGCUAUUAAUGUUGCGGCGAAAAGGAGGUAUAAGACAAGGUUUAUUAUACAUGUGAAGAGGGGUGUUUAUAGAGAGAAUAUUGAGGUUGGUGUUAAUAAUAAUAAUAUUUGGCUUAUUGGUGAUGGCAUGAGAAAUACCAUAAUAACCAGUAGCAGAAGUGUUGGAGCUGGUUAUACGACGUACAGUUCUGCAACUGCUGGCAUUGAUGGCCUUCGCUUUGUCGCUCGCGGCAUUACAUUUAGCAACACGGCAGGUCCUUUAAAAGGCCAAGCAGUUGCACUCCGAUCAGCCUCAGAUCUCUCAGUAUUUUACAGAUGUUCCUUUCAAGGAUACCAAGAUACUCUCUUUGUCCACUCUCAACGACAAUUUUAUAAAGAAUGCUAUAUCUAUGGCACCAUAGACUUCAUUUUUGGUAACGCAGCAGUUGUAUUCCAGAAUUGCAUAAUUUACGUACGGAAACCUCUAAAAGGCCAAGCAAAUAUGAUCACAGCACAAGGUCGAAACGACCCUUAUCAGAAUACAGGAAUUUCAAUCCACAAUUCACAAAUUCUACCAGCUCCGGAUCUGAAGCCAGUGGUGAGAUCAUUUCAGACAUAUUUAGGGAGGCCAUGGAUGCAAUAUUCAAGAACAGUGAUUCUUAAGACUUAUAUCGAUGGCUUUAUCAAUCCUGCUGGUUGGUCAAAAUGGUUGGACAGUGAUUUUGCUCUUGACACUUUGUAUUUUGCGGAGUAUAAGAAUUCUGGGCCUGGCUCUUCUACAAGACAGAGGGUUAAGUGGAAAGGAUAUCAUGUCAUAACUAGUAAUAUUGUAGCUUCAAGUUUUACCGUUGCAAGACUUAUUGCCGGUCAGUCAUGGUUGCCGGGCACCGGUGUUCCAUUCAUUUCUGGCCUUUGAAUAUUAUUUUCCCUAUUUACGAUGCUGUGAUUUUUUAAUGUAUUUGUUCGUUGAUUUUUAUUGGAAAUUUUUUGUA